UUCUGAACUGGGUCAUUAAGUCCAUCUUUAUCAGAAAUGGCUUCGCCCAGUGAAACUAUCGCUCAAUGGAGAACGACAAUAAUAAUUAGCUCAUCCCUCCAGAACCAUGACAGCUGCAGGACGCUCAGCGCACAGCAGCACAGAAUAAGGUUUUCUGACAGCGUGGAAACUGGGGCCUUCAUUUUCCCUCUUUCAGGUACCGCCUUCCUGCUGGUUGAUCCUCAGGACCUCCCAGAGCCUCUGGAGGAAUCAGGAUUAACUGAACGCAUUGAAAAAUUUGUGCAGGUCCACAGGAACUGCUUUCUACUUCUCUAUUCUCCCUUUAAUGGGGAAAAAGAACUGCAGGUUUUGACUGUGAUUCAGCACAGAUUUAUUGGCAGCAAUCUGAAGAUCCUUCCUGUACGAAAUGGUGCACAAAUAGCCAAAGGAAUGUUGACAAUUGCCAAGGCCACCAGUAAGCCGCAUGCUGAUAAAAUCCGAGAGCGCAUGUCUCUGGCCCGGGCUCACAUCAUCGAGACCAGUCCUGUGUGGGAAAUGCUCAGAGACAUUUUAUAAAGCCCAGCAGGUGAUCCAGUUUGCUUUAUUUAGCAUGACACAAGUUCAUACACAGUCCCUGCUGAUGACACAAACUGUACUUUUGAAAAUAAUUUCAGCAACGAUAAAAUGAUCACUUUACAGCACUGCAUUCUUUAUUUUAUCCGCCAAACAAACAGAAAUAAAACACAUAAAAAGUU